AUGACCCAAGCUGUAUGGCGGUCGCCCAUGUUACCACUUCUCCCUAGUUCAGCCGUAACAGAUAAGACAGAUGAUACUGCACACCCAGUUGGUAGUGGAGCGCGAUUCAAAGUCGACCUUCUACGAUAUUUCAGUGCGUACGGAAAGCGACUGGAUAGUCUGACAAAACAACUUCGGGACUACGACUUUUCUUCUAUCAAGGCAGCAUUUAUCGGUAGUGUACCAUCACGCCAGAAGCCUAUUGCCACAAAACCGGCUCAGCAAACAUCAUUUGGCUGGCUCGGUCUCGAAGAGAUUCUGUCCAAUGUACCGAUCACAGCGAACGCAAAGAAAGCGUCAGCACCACACAUUGUCAUGCAGGUUUCGUCAAUAGCGACUCUAGGUGCAGCUCCAACCUGGCUCAACAAGUUCCAAUCGGUCCUUUGCCGUUCAGCUGCUGGCCAGUUGGAAGAAGCCCCGGCAGCAUCCAGUUCGAAACCUCCCAAGUUAUUCUCCAAGGGAGGCAUGUCGAGUGCAAAGCAAGACAAGCCACUAUCUCCAAAGUUCAAUAUCAUCUUCCCAACAUCCGACGAGGUCCGAACUUCACUAGAUGGCUACGACUCUGGCAGUUCAAUCCACAUGAAACUGCUAUCCAUACAACAGCAAAAGCAACUCGAAUACCUGCAUCCUCUAUUUUGUCACUGGAAAGCAACACCAGACAGCAAUUCAAAAGGACAGGCUAUGCGUGGCCCUGCAGCACCGCACAUCAAAACCUACAUCCGCUACAGCGAUGAGAAGCACAAGACAAUCGACUGGGCAAUGGUUACUUCGGCCAACUUGAGCAAGCAAGCCUGGGGCGACGUCGUGAACAAGAAAGACGAGACGUGGAUCCAGAGCUGGGAAGCGGGUGUUGUGGUCUGGCCGGAACUGUUCGCUGAGAGCAAGGAGGCGAUUAUGGUGCCGGUGUUUGGAAAGGAUAUGCCUGGCACGGAAGAUGUGUCGAGUCAAGAUGUGAACAAAGGCGCGGAUGAAGGGCAGGCUGGCAAGACAGUCAUCGGCUUCCGCAUGCCGUACGACCUGCCCUUGACACCCUACACAGCAAAGGAGAAGCCAUGGUGCGCACAGAUGCCAUCGGCUGAGCCAGAUUGGAUGGGUCGAGCAUGGCCCGGGUAUUAG